AUGGGGGAUUGGAACUUAUUGGGUGGCAUCCUAGAGGAAGUUCACUCCCACUCAACCAUAGUGGGGAAAAUCUGGCUGACCAUCCUCUUCAUCUUCCGAAUGCUGGUACUUCGUGUGGCUGCUGAGGAUGUCUGGGAUGAUGAACAGUCAGCAUUUGCCUGCAACACCCGGCAGCCAGGUUGCAACAAUAUCUGUUAUGAUGAUGCAUUCCCUAUCUCUUUGAUCAGGUUCUGGGUUUUACAGAUCAUCUUUGUGUCUUCUCCUUCUUUGGUCUAUAUGGGCCAUGCACUUUAUAGGCUCAGGGCCUUUGAGAAAGAGAGGCAGAGGAAAAAGUCACACCUUAGAGCCCAGAUGGAGAAUCCAGAGCUUGACUUGGAGGAGCAGCAAAGAAUAGAUAGGGAACUGAGGAGGUUAGAGGAGCAGAAGAGGAUCCAUAAAGUCCCUCUGAAAGGAUGUCUGCUGCGUACUUAUGUCUUACACAUCUUGACCAGAUCUGUGCUGGAAGUAGGAUUCAUGAUAGGCCAAUAUAUUCUCUAUGGGUUUCAAAUGCACCCCCUUUACAAAUGCACUCAACCUCCUUGCCCCAAUGCGGUGGAUUGCUUUGUAUCCAGGCCCACUGAGAAGACAAUUUUCAUGCUUUUUAUGCACAGCAUUGCAGCCAUUUCCUUGUUACUCAAUAUACUAGAAAUAUUUCAUCUGGGCAUCAGAAAAAUUAUGAGGACACUUUAUAAGAAAUCCAGCAGUGAGGGCAUUGAGGAUGAAACAGGCCCUCCAUUCCAUUUGAAGAAAUAUUCGGUGGCCCAGCAGUGUAUGAUUUGCUCUUCCUUGCCUGAAAGAAUCUCUCCACUUCAAGCUAACAAUCAACAGCAAGUCAUUCGAGUUAAUGUGCCAAAGUCUAAAACCAUGUGGCAAACGCCACAGCCCAGGCAACUUGAAGUAGACCCUUCCAAUGGGAAAAAGGACUGGUCUGAGAAGGAUCAGCAUAGCGGACAGCUCCAUGUUCACAGCCCAUGUCCCUGGGCUGGCAGUGCUGGAAAUCAGCACCUGGGACAGCAAUCAGACCAUUCCUCAUUUGGCCUGCAGAAUACAAUGUCUCAGUCCUGGCUAGGUACAACUACGGCUCCUAGAAACUGUCCAUCCUAUGCAAUAGGAACCUGGGAGCAGUCCCAGGACCCAGAACCCUCAGGUGAGCCUCUCACAGAUCUUCAUAGUCACUGCAGAGACAGUGAAGGCAGCAUGAGAGAGAGUGGGGUCUGGAUAGACAGAUCUCGCCCAGGCAGUCGCAAGGCCAGCUUUCUGUCCAGAUUGUUGUCUGAAAAGCGACAUCUGCACAGUGACUCAGGAAGCUCUGGUUCUCGGAAUAGCUCCUGCUUGGAUUUUCCUCACUGGGAAAACAGCCCCUCACCUCUGCCUUCAGUCACUGGGCACAGAACAUCAAUGAACAUGCUUCUAGAACUUUCAUCUAUUAUGAAAAAAUAAUGCAUCAGGAGCAGCUGGUACCUGCAGGAGGAGAGUUGUGCCUUUGUCAGCUCAAACUGCAGGAAGCACUUUGGGACCCACACCCUCUGCAGACACCCACCAGGUGAAGGGCCCUGUUCAGGGUGCUCCCAGCCUGGGCUCACUUCCACAGGAGACCCUUCCCUUAUGGGGGCUGGGGACAGAUUCUCACCUUGCCUGGGCACACUGAGGGAGGUCUGAUGCUCGGGCAGGGAGGAGCUGUACACCAUCAGAGGAGAUCUAGGGACAAGAGCGGCUCUGCCUCGAGGAGGAGGAUUGGUUUAUGUCACCUCUUCCCCAGUCCCAGCACAGGCUGGUGGGAUAUUUUGCAAGAGAGUACCCCAGCUCUGCAGU